AGCAGGUGUGAGGAGUGACGGUGCCGCCCUGCCUGCGCUUGGGUCUCCUGCAGGUGGAGCUGGGAGCAGAAUGAGCACAAGAAAGCGUCGUGGCGGAGCGGCACACUCCAGACAGACCCAGAAGCGGUCUCGAGACGCACGCUCCGCACCUGAGAUGGCUGUGGAAGCAGAGCCCAUAGAGCUUGUGGAGAGUGCUGGAGAUGAAAUUGUGGACCUCACCUGUGAGUCCUUGGAGCCUGUGGUGGUCGACCUGACGCACAAUGACUCUGUCGUGAUUGUGGAAGAAAGGAGGCGGCCCCGGAGGACUGCCAGGAGACUGCGCCAGGACCAUGCUGACAGCUGUGUUGUGAGCAGUGACGAUGAUGACUUGCCCAGAGACAGAGAUGUGUACGUGACUCCACCCACACCCAGAAACACCAGAGAGGAGGGCACGACAGGACUCAGGUCCUCUGGCACAGUCAGCUGUCCAAUCUGCAUGGAUGGAUACUCUGAGAUUGUGCAGAAUGGCCGUCUCAUCGUGUCUACAGAAUGUGGCCACGUGUUCUGCAGCCAGUGCCUCCGAGAUUCCCUUAAAACCUCCAGUACCUGUCCGACGUGUAGGAAAAAGAUCAGCCACAAACGGUACCACCCCAUUUAUAUAUGAGGUCAAUGGCUGCUCAGGGAGACCCCCAACACACAGGCGGCUUUGGGUAUGUAAACUACCUGCCUCUAUCCCUGGCCUCACAAAGAUUCAGAAGCCAACACCCAAACCUUCGCCCGUUCGUUUAUCUCCGCCUCCCUUUAGAUCUUUCUCUGUCCGGGGCCUUUGCAGACCAGGCUCUCCAUUCUGCUGCUCUCUCUCGGGUGAUCUGGUCACUGCCUAGGAGGCACAGGCAGCCCCUGUGUUCCACCUGGUUGGAUUGUGAAUCAGGGUCCCAGCUUCUUUCGGGAACCUGCAUGUUUGCCAAGAAGUUUCCCCCGAAACCAAGCUUCCUGCGGACAGUGUCACGGCGGGGCAGGGUCUGGGCAGUGAGUGAACAAACAGGUCUACCUUGGCUUUCUUGGGCCCACCACCUCACCUCACAAUGACCAAGCCAAAUCCAGUACACUUGGUUGAGGAUUCCAGCUGCCAGAGUGGCCCCAGGCCCCUGGAUAGCCCUCCAGCCCUCUCUUCCUGAGGAGUCAGCAGACAGCUGUGGUGUUCGGCCUGCACCUUAGCACCUGUGGACGGUGGUUUCUAUUCUUCCAGAGGUGCGCUCUGCAGGGUAACCCUGUUCCCUAUGACACAAACAAAAAUAAGUGCAAUAAAGCCCGAUCUUCACUUCUCAGCAUCCCGGAGAUGUAGCUCUACGGGUGGCCCUGGAGCAGUGCCGUCUCCACUCUGUGUCUGUUCUCCAGCUGUUCUCAGGAACCUCACCCAGGCCCCAGCAGUGUCACCUGGCACAGGAACUGCAGGGUCCGCCAUGAGCCCACCGUCAGGUCCUCACUGCUCUUUUCUGAUACUGCCCCUCCUAGGCCGGCAACAUGUUCUCUGUGCUGAUCAGGCUCCAGGCUCCUGACCACAGGCAUGGGAGGCCUGACCAACUCCUCACUUCCACUCUGUUGCCCAGGUCACUGCUGUCCCUCAUUCUAAAAAACUUGGCCCUGCCUGACCUCAGCUGGGCAGGCCUGGCUUCCUCACCCGCCACUUGGCCGUGAGGCUGCCCUCCAGCUCUUGGGGCUUUGUCACCUGUCCUUUGGACUUCUCCGUGUGCUUGGUCGGCAGAAGCCUGAUGAUAGCGUGUCCGGAGGAGUCCAGAGACUGCUCCCCAAGGUGACCACGCUGUCCUGAGGGGACUGAGGCCACCUCCACCUUCUGCCCCUCCUCCCUCCCAGGGCCUCAAGCCAAACCAGCAGCCUUCAUGGUGGGACAAGGCCGCUCCAGCUUUGCCAGCAAUACCUGACCUCCAACUCACCCUUCUGAGGGAG